GGGGCUGUUUUGUAUUGAUUACGGAUGGGUUGAACAGUUUUAGAAUACGAUGUAAAGUAAAAGUAGGAAUAAUAUUGACAACAGAGAAAUAAGAACAACCUUUUCUUUCAGAGCUUCAAGAUGUAGAAACGAAUAGCAUCUAAUUUCGACCGCAUUCCAUUUGCAAUCAUCACCUCUUCUGAAGAGAAUGUUAUUCUAGCGCAUCACUAUUUAAAGCUCAAGAAACUGAAAAAGAAAAGGAUGUACUAGGUGCACCUGUACAAUGCUGCUACACCCGAGUCUUUUUGUAACUACAAUGGUACUAUUCAAUAUGGACACCAUGGAGAUCGAGCCCCGCCCAGCAUUUUUGAACCAAACUACCAAAUUGGAUGAAAUUGCAAUGGACAAAAAUUUCUUUUGGCUUUUGUGUUCACUUUUAUCAUCCGUUGUUUGGGUUGUUUAUAUCACAUAUUAUAAUUCAAGAGUAAUUGGUUAUUUCAUCACACGACUCUUGAAUCGCUUUAUCACGGAUGGAUACAUGCAUGUGGGAUCAUUUACCUGUAAUGCUUUGGCUGGAAAAAUAAUGUUCAGAGACAUUGUGUACAUAACACACGAUUAUACUGUAAGAGUCCAAGAUGGCUGGCUUAUAUUCCGCUGGUGGAGAUCAUAUGUGCCAAAAGAUGUAUCUGAAGAUUUGUCUCACUCGGACACUCGUUUGUCAGUAAUGCUGAACGGCUUUGAACUCCAUGUUUACAACCGUACCUCAUUGUAUGCCAAUCUUGAAAAAAUUUUUGGUUUGGAGUCACAGAUAUUUCAGCGAAAUGAAACCAAUGGUUCAGAUACAGUGGACAUUGCAGUUGGGGGAUCUGCAGAUGAGACCGUUGCUCCAGGGGAUAAUAAUAGCAGACUGCCACAUCAAACUGCUGGUUUGUCAAACAGUUGGAGAGAUCUUAUUCCUGUAAUCAAAGUCGAUGUUACAUGUGGAAGAGUUGUUUUUGGUAACCGACUUGUACCUACUACAUUGUCUAUUAAUGUUGAAGAAGCACACUUCGUUUAUUCUACAAAGCCAGCAGCAUCCCGUUUGGAUCAUUUUAUGCAUUUCAUCAAAUGUAAAGGAGAAAAUUUCAAGGUUAUAUUGGCGCCAAGUCCAAAAUAUACAGGAAUGGUAGAUGAUCCUCCACGUUACAUGGGGGAAGGAUUUGUGGUAUUAUCCUCUAACAAUAUUGAACUGUAUUUUUACAUGGAUGAAGCAGGUUUAGUUCCAGAAGAACCAGAAAUGCUUCAAUUGGCCAAUGGGGAUAUUGUUGAAUCAGCACCACCAAUUUGGGGGAUGGACAUAAAGUGUGGCAAGGGAACAGAUUUCAGUUAUGGUCCAUGGGCUGAUCGCCAGAGAGAGCAUCUAUUUAAAUUCUUUUUCCCUGCUGACUACCAGCCUUUGCAGGUAACAAAGCCGCCACAACCAGGUGAGAAGAGAAGGGCUCAGUCAUUUGACAUAAGGCUCAGCACACUUAAUGAAGCAACUGUCGAUAUUCUAUUUUCAAAGAACAAGGAGACCAAUGCUGUCCAUAUCAAUGUUGGAGCCGGUUCAUAUCUUGAGGUGACAAUGCCAUGGGUUAUUCAACCAGAUGGCUACACUACAAAAAUAAUUGGUCAGUUGUUGCACUUAGAAGCUACCACAAGCUUACAGUAUCGUAGUCUUGUCUUAAGCGAAACAUUGGAAUUCACUGUGAAGUGCCAUUAUCCUAUCAAGUGGAAUGAUCAUCAAGAAUGGAUACUGAAUUUGACAGGUUGUAAAGCAUCAGUGAACCUUAUCUAUGCACAUAAGUGGUUCUUUCAAGACCUUAUAAAUGACUGGGCGAGCAAGGCAAGGCCUGAUCUCUUACAUUUUGUGCCAUAUACGUGGAAGAUCUCUGUGAUGUUGAAAGAGUUUGAGCUUAUAACCAUAAGUAAUGAAUACAAUUGGAUUGAUUGUUCUUCUCAAAAUCAGGAAAAUGCACACAUUGCUUUCUGUGGCGAGUUAUUUGACAUGUCCUUUGAUUUACCAUUCAAGGAUUUUCUUCCAGCAACAAUACCACUCAAGUUCUGGAUACAGGGAGAAAGUGUGGAUUUGGCUCUGUAUCUUCCUGAGACAUCAACCACACGUUACACCCUCUUAGCUCUAGAUGCCAAUGCUAAAGUUCUUGGGCGCAAUGGAACAAACCAGUCCAGUUCAACUGUUAUACCUCGCAAAUGGAGAAAUUUGUGCCAGAAAGUCCAUGGCUGGGUUGAUUGCUGGUCAGUGCCCAUAGUAGCUCUUUGCAUAAACUACACUUAUCAUCCAGUACCACCUCUUGGGCCUCCUCCACAGGCAGACAUAACCACUCCAGAAAAGGAGGAGAUACUGCUCUCUCCAAUGAGAAUUCCACGCUGCAGGAAAUCACCUGGUCUUCAGUGGUCACAGGAUGGAAAGAAAUUUGACCCAACUACAUUGCCACCUGAUAAAGUAACUGUAGAGCUGGAAAUAGGAUCUUCUGUGCUGUUCCUUUAUGGAUCAUGGCUUAGGAAUUUCAUACAUCUGAAGGAAAAUAUUUUUGGAGAAGACCAAGCAUUUACAGAUAUGCACCAGAGUCAUUUGUCAUCUGUUGUUCCUGAAGCAGCAUCUGCUCCUGGUGGAAGUGUUUCUGACCCUGCAGCAGGCGACAGUGAUUCCAUAAAGCAGAGAGAAUUUGAUCCAAGGCAAUACAGACCUCUUGAGGUUUCUGUUUCUGUCACAAUGCAUGAUAUCCAGGCUCAUCUGGUCAAGAAUUGCAGUGAAGGGGAUCCUCCAUGUCCCAUUAUACUACUGGAAAGAUUUGGGUUUGAAAUGAAGAAAAGUUACAAGGAAACACAACUACAGCUGCUGCUUUCCCCUUCAAGUUUGCUUGCUUUGGACACUGUUAGCCGAUCACCAAAGGAAACUCAUAUUGCUCAAGGGCAUCUUAUGCUCUCAAGUUUACAGGUUCGUGGUCAUGCAAUGUUCAGUGAUGAAGGACGCUCCCUCGAUGAUGAAACCUUGGAAUAUGCAUGGAUGUUGGAAAUUCAGUUGGGAAAGCUUAGUGGAAAACUGUCUUCACCACAGUUAUACCACCUUGUUACUAGUCUGGAGACAUUUGCGCUGAUGGUGAAGGAUGCAGAGAAUCACUUGAGACCUUCCCGCUCACCACCUCAUAUGUGCCAUCAUGGUGUUCCACCUCUACAGUGCCCAGAGACAGAUGUGGAGAAUCGAUAUCUGUGUCCGUCAGGAGACCAGAUUAAAUAUCGAAUGAUCAGACUGGCUGUGGAUGCUCUGGACAUUUACCUUCUUGAGAGUGGCACUGCAAUAAAUCUCUGGGCUUCUCCAUUGCGCUUAGCUACAUGCAAUCUCCACGGCAGUCAGGUGAAGUCUGGUGUAACAGCUGUUCUACCUGCUGUACAAAUUAAGCAGUAUGUAUCGACAGGAGGUGGUUUCAGUCACAGCAACACCAACACUGCUGGCAGUGGCCGAUCACAGCAUAAUGGUUCUAAAUUUCCAUCAGUUGACAGCACGUCAAUGGAACUGUGGCUAGAAGUUGGUUCUGUUACAUUGGGCCCUCUUAUUAUUGAAGCUGCAAUGUCUCUACCGACACCAGAUCACAAUCUGCACCUUAUUCAACACAAGUAUUUGAGAGUCCAUGAUGAAUCUACCAAGAGAUUGUGGUUCUUGUGGUCUGGUGAUACAUCAACAAGAUCCAUGGGAAAGUGCGGAUGCAUUGGUGGUUGUGCAUUCUUUGGCAGCAAUCGCAAUGGACCAAGGUUCUUCAAACCAAGCAAACAAGAUUUCCAGGAUGGGAUUAAUGUAGCUUCUUUCAGGAUUAAUGAGCCAGGACACGAUCCAGGAUUUGGACAGAGCAUAUUGCAUGAAGGUCAGUUGGUGUUCCAUACACCACCAUAUGGAUCCCAAGAUGUUUCAUUGCAGGAGCCAGCAAAUGGAUGGGAAAUUAAACCAGGACCAUUGAAGGUUGUGUCAGCAGUGGAGCGCAGCAGUGAAAGUCCUAAUCUGGUUGCUGAACGAUUUUGUUCUGAAGCAAAGGACAGUUCUGUGGGUGCUAACAGUAGUUCGAGGCUGAGCACUGCAUCACCCAGCCCCGUUAGUACAUACAGUGACAAACGUGGACUCGGUCGUCGCUUCUCAUACACUUCAAGUGGGCCUAAUAGGGCUAGUGCUAGCUGUCAUCAGGCAGUCCCAUACUCCCGACUUGUGGACAACAGCCCUACGCUGCUGUUGCCUCCUAAAUUGGACAGUGACUCAAAGCUACACCAUCCAGAAAGUAGCAAGUCAAUCCUAAGUGUCCCUGAGGCAGAGGCACCUCCAAAGAGUAGUGUUUCUGAUUCCCGGUUGGCUGUUGAUUAUUUCACAACAGAUGAAGAAACCCAACAGUCCACUUCAGAGCAGCAUGAUGCAGCAGUACCAAAUGUUUCAUCAGAAUCACGCCAGUCAUUAACUGCUGACGCAGCUGAAGAAAUACUGUGCAAAGAAGUCCAGCGAACUGUUUCAAUGAGCAGUGAGAAUCACUCUGAAGCAUUUUACUCUGCUGAUGAAGAAACUGGUGCCACAGCCAGUCGCACAUCUUCUCUGAGGCAUUCCGUCAACCUGCCUCGGCGUGAUAGUAGCAGUAGUGCCACAACUGGAAGAAAGAAGUAUUCGAGUGAACUUAAUAUCGUUCCUGCACCCACUGGUGUCACUUCUGUGGCAACUGGUACAGUUGUAGUGAGCACAGAAGGAAGGGCAAGGCUAUCUAGCCACCGUAGUGACCAUGAAAUUCAUACACCAGAACAUCGUAAUCAGUAUAUGGAACAUGAAGCCAUUAUCCCUGAUUCUUCUGACAGCCAUUCUGUGUCUAGUACAUCAUUUAUUUCAGCUGUCUCUUCGCAAGAAGAUUUGACAUUGGUUAAUUUGCAUAUGCAAGUGAAUAAGCCUAUUGUGGAUUCACCACUGCUAAUGUCAAGUUACAUUAGUCAUCUAUCACAGGUCUCAUGUAGAAACUGGUCACAUGCAUCUCUCCCAUCAGGCUGCGAUGCAUUUACAGUCCCACUGUUCCAGCGGACAGAGGAUGGUCGUCUCAUUUAUGUUGAUGCUGAUAGGUUGCAUCCUGUAAUGGGCAAGAACAUCUGUGCAGGUAGUAAGUAUACACCAAAAUUUGAAACUUUGACAGAAGGAUUUACAUCUCUUAAAAUGGUGGGUCGUCCAAAUGAACAUGGUUCCCCUCCUCCACAAAGUGGCAAAACACCAACUCAUCCAUACACCUGGGACAGUAGCACAUUUAUGGGUUCAGAAGCAGAUGAUUUGGAGAGUGGUUGUGAAGAAGAACUGUUAACUCUUCAACAUGAGUAUGGCAAUCGAACGACCGUUAUACUGAAGCUGAAGGGGGAUGUUGACAUUAUGCUAACACCACUUGUCCUAGAAUCUCUGCAGAGAUUCACUGAUGCACUGACUCCAACGCUUUCAUCUCUUCAUCCUUUAACAGUAUUAAAUCAUUUGCAUUCUGAGUGCAUAGGAAGAGUAGAGGCUGCAAAUGUUUUGAAUCGUGAUGGGUACUUCAGCCAACAUUUGCAAGCGAGCAGCAAACGGAGCACGGCAGAACGACCUGCUGGUGUCACUCCUCAUGCAAAAAAUGUGUAUGAAGAAUGCAUUUCUACUCAGGCACAGGGCACUCUUAUCCUACCAAAGGUCAAUAUUACUUUGCUUCAAGCAUCUGUUGUUGAGGAAAUUAUUUCAUUUUCAGCUCUCGAUAAUUUACGUGACUUGACAUGUGUAUCACUGUUUGCGGUCUGCUUUGACAGCAUUACUACAAGAUUUCAUUGUGGGAAACAGGCACGAGAGAUGGUUCAGACAUUCCAACGACCCUCUGUUCUGCCAAGUGGACAGAAGAAAGUGAGUGGCAUCAGCAAGAUGAAUAAAGCCCUCUUCCCAGGUCAUUCGACACCUGGCACUGCAACAGAUAUUCUGGGAGGAGAUCCAGUUUAUAUAGAAACAUCAGAGACUCAGCAGGAAGAACUCAUUGUAACACUUUCAAUAGGAAAGAUACAUACACAGCUACGCAGGCUGAAAAAUGAGAGCUCCAUUCUGAAGGAUGCAGUAAUUACAGCUAUACCAAGUCAGUACUCCCGUGUGUUAUUUACAUGUGCGAAGAUUACAUCUCCUCUUCGACCUGUUGAUUUCUACAGCCAUCACUUCUCAGCAGAAUCAACAGCAGAUACUGGCCGCCCCAGUACAACUUCAAGCAACACUGAGGAAAUAAGCACUGCAAAUGAAGACAAACUUGGGUUUAUUAUGUUUGAGUGUGGUCUCGAAGGUGUCUCUCUGAAAGUAAUAAAGAGGGCACUUUUUGAAAAAGGAGAAAAUGGCAGAGAUCAAGCAACAGCACAGGGAGAGACGGAUACAGUUGGCAAUGAAUCUUCCAAGUCAAAAGAUGAUGUAGAAUCCAACGAGAAGAGUACAGCAAAUGUCACAGUUACUGUUACGGAACCACCCGUUACUGGUCAGGCCUCAGGAACAAAAUCUGUGAAAGGUGCAAACAAUAUGCCUCAGUCAACUGACACAGGAACAGGUGCAGAGACCAGCACUAACAUUAACAACAAUACAGACAACAAUAAGGUCGCUGUCUCACCUGAAGCAAACGGAAAUACAUCCUCAUGUGUUAUUGAAUUCAAAACUGUUUGGUUCAACUUUGCUGCACCUCCGCAUGCACCUAUUACUCGAAAAAUAGACUUUACUAGAUUGGACUGGAAUUUAUUGAGCACUGCAUCACCUGCAAUUAAUGCAUGGAUGAACCCAAGCAAUCGGUUUGCCAUUAGAGUGGUCCAUAUGGUGCGCAGUAUGUAUCGCCGCUCGACAGGCGUUGUAGCAAGUCUGAUGGCUGAUGCCGUAGAUGUUCGGGGAAUUCAUAUUCCUGUUAGAAGUCGUUAUGGGCGUUACACACCAUUGUCAAAGACAUUGCAGGAAGAUCCAUCCUGUCAGCUUUGUAAUGUUCUGCAGAAGUACGUACUACAGACAGAUUUGACCAGCAUAGAAGCCAGUCUUCGGGAAAAUGAACUGCCUAACCUUUCUACACUACGGCAAGGUGUCAUUGUCUUGAGCCGCCAGUGGAAGAAUGUGCUGUAUACACCUUUACUUCUGGAACACAAUUAUAAAACAAAAUAUGUGAAGCCUCUCAAUGUAACUUUCACUGUACCCGAACCUGAUGAGGAAAAUGUUCUCACAGAUGGAGAGGGAUCAGGGGAGGAAUGUGAGGUGACAGAUGAAUGUGCUAUGCUUCUUAACACGAAGGAUGCUUCUCUUCAUAAGCAUAUUAGAUCACAAGAUAAAAGCACUGCCACUCAAGGAAGCUGUCAAGAGAACACAUUUGGAGCCAACCUGAAGCCAGAUGAGUUCAUGAACAUCACUCAACUGACUUCUAUGCCACAGACACCAUUGCCAACUCCGGGCAUCGUGAUGGGGGGUGUAGACAGCCUUUUCAACUCACCCUCCCCUCCCUCCAUACAUCACCACCACCACCACCAUUCCCAUGGUCACACUCAUCAUCAUGCUCAUACCCACUCCCGCAAACACAGAAAAAAAUCCCUUGCACCAUCUCAUCCUCCUUCGUCAUCUCGUGCCAGUAUUGUCUUCCCAAUUCUCGCUAGUGCCGGAACAAAUCCGUUCACUGCUGCAGCAUCAGCUGCAACGAGCCAGCGCAGAUUUGAAACUGAUAUAAACAUUAGUUAUGGACCACUGCGUGAAGAAAGGCUGCCACAUGUGGGCUCCAACCAGAGCAUUUAUUCUGGAGGUGGUGUGGCAGGUCAUGGCGGAAGUGGCAAGGCUCAUUCUACAACAAGCCUAGACAACAAUUUUUCACCAACGGGAGCAAACACUUCUUCUGCACCAGGACGGCAAAGUAUAAAAGAAGCUGGGGAAGACCUUUAUAGCUGGAUGGCAAAACAGCAAGAUUUUAUGAAAACAUCUUCAGAAACUCAGCAGAAUUUGCGUACAGGAAACUGGGAAUCUCGUAUCAAUACAAUGACCACAGAUGAUACACUGGAGGAUCCUGAAUAUCAGAGUGGAGCAGGAUAUAGUUUAUAUCCAAUGCAUGACUCCCUGCGUCUCUUGGAUGCUCACCUGAUAUUUGAACCUCUCUUGGCUUGCCUGGGAGUAAUGCCUCAGCAGAUGAUAAGCAAUCUCAGUGGGACUGGAACUAAUGGCAGUUCAUCUUUCGACACACUUGGCUCCAAUUUAUCAUUGGUUGGGAAUGUUGAAACAAUGAGAAUUGACAUUGUUGUGAGUGAAUAUGGGAAAUUUGCUGACAAGAAGAAGGGGAAAGGUGCUGGACAAGGAACAAAACAAGUGAAAAAUCAGAUGCACUCAAAAUUUUGUCUCGAUUUGCCACCUGAGACACCAGCAUUCCUGUGUGAGAAGAUUGGUGUUGAACUUGACCUGAAGAAAAUGGCUGACAUGACAGUUGAUGACAUGAUUCAGAAGCAGAAUGUUUUGUACAUUUCCAGAGGCCAACUAAAAAAACACACCAGUAAUAUCCUGAAUAUCAGCCUAAAUAUACGCUACAUAUCACAGCAGGUAAACAUGCCUCUCCUGAGACUCUUGCAUCAAAUCAGUAACAUGUACCAGAAUGUGAAAGAAACACAAAUGGAACUAAAAGAGGAACAGCAGCCUGUUGAUCUGAAACAUGAGCCCUCAGUCAAUAUGACUCACAAAAAUAAUGGAUCAUCAUCAACAUCUGAUCUCCAUGAACCUGCAGCCUUAAUUGAUGAAAAAAUAAAAAUACCUCAGACAAUGAUCCCUCCUGAAUUUCCACACUCAUUGAGUCAGCACAAGACGAUCUCCCCUUCAGCGUCUCUACGAUCCAGGCCUCAGAGCUUCGCCCAGAAACUACGCUCCACCAGUAAGAGUGUUAAAGGAUAUAUAAACUUGAACGAAGGAGUGACAACUCCUAUGUUUGCUGUUAGUCCUUCUGGAUCAGGCUUGGAACAUGUCACUAUUGCUUCAGAUAAAAGUAAAGACUGCAUAAAUGCCACUCCUCAGUGUUGGAAAACAGUUUAUUAUCUACUGGAUCUGUAUGCCACAAUGCCUGAAACCAAGACAAUUACUCACAGGUUUUCAGUGCCAGCUGAUGUAUCAGAAGGAUACAAAGGAAAUAGAAAGUACGACUUACUGAUGGAAGCAAGGGCCAAUGAAGAUGUAGAGAAAGGCCUUGUGAAUGGUGGUUCUGAACACUUGGCAAGACUAACACCUGUACAGCAGGACAAAAUGAGAGAACUGAAUGUGGUGACUGGUGAAAGGACUCGUCUUGUAGUGUUUGGUGUGGCAAGGAUUCACCGUACCCGCCUCCUGGCAACUCUGAGUGGACUGAAGUUAGAAGCAGAGAUAACCAGUCUACAUGCAAGUCUGACAUGCCGUAAAAAGUCUCGUCCUGCAAGCUUUGAAUGUUCUUUAACUGGGCAUGUUGGUCGUACAAUGAUAGUACUGCUUGAAGGUGUUGCUCCAAGUCAGCAGACAGUGGUGAAAGUGACUGUAGGAAAGUCUCAGGCACUUUACUCAAGCAUUUCUCGACGCUCAAAGGACAAGAAUUCUGGUUUGCUUACAGUGGGGGCUGUAAAUAUUGACAUCCCACAACAUCCUGUAGCAUUGCAUGGAAUGAUGACUAGAGGAAGCAAGCAGCUUUCUUCUACAUUACAGGAGUUGCGUGUGACAAGAACUUCUAGUCGUAUAAGCCGGGGAACUGCAGGAGUGGAUGAACCUGACUGCACAAACCAGCAUUCCCCACGGCACAUGCACACCACAUGGCAGGCUACAGCUCAGCAGCCACCCUCAUAUAAGAGCCAGACAGAGUCCAGUUUGUUGCAGCCUCUUGUGAUGCAAUUUUCUAUUGUGCUACAGAGUUUGAGUAUUACUGCCGCCUUGUUGCCAUCACUGCAAGCCCAGUAUAAGAUGGAUCGAGUUAACAGCACAGGUAUUACAGGAAGCAAAGCAAAAUUCACUGUAGAUCUUCCACAUCACACCUUAAGUUUCACUACCAAACUCCAGGUAACAGAGGCUAAUCUGCCAUCAGAAGCAAGUAUUGAACUGCCAAAGGUUCAUGUCUCAGCCGAAUAUGUGCAAGAUGGUAACAAUGCUGGGGAGGCACAGUUUGCAGAUGGUGUUGUGCUGAGGCAAGGCAGCUAUUUAAGUGCUGUUGCAGCAAUUGGGGAAUUUGAGCAUUCACUAACAACAGACCUGUUGAAUCAUCUUGUUUUUGUGCAGAAAGUUUUUAUGAAGGAAGUAAAUGAAGUUGUUCAGAAAGUGUAUGGUGGGGAGAAGCCUGUUCCUCUGUGGCUUGAAGGAAGCGAAGAGACAAAUUCUUCAUCUCUUAAAAGAAUACUCUUCUCUUUAGUGAUCAGGAUAAAACGUAUUCAGUUAACAGCAACCACACCAACUAACUCUGCUGUUCGCCUUGAGACAGGAGCUGUGGAAUUCCAACUGUCUAACAGAGUACAAAAUGUCUCGGGUGCUGCUCAACCAAAUCCUUACAUGAAAAUAUUUGGAAAGGCACAGGUUGAUGUCAAUUUGAGUCUAGGGCAGCUUCUGAAAAAUGUCAUGUUUGAAGAAGCAGAACCCGAAUUUCAACAGUAUGCCUUCUUCAAGACAAGAAUAGGCCUGAGGAAUGCAUUCCAGGAUGAAAUGGUUCAAGGGGAGGACAAGGAGAUGGUACUGAUCACGCUUAGACGACCACUUAUCUACAUUCAGCCUAUAGCUGUGGAUAAAGCAAUUCUUGUAUGGCUGAAUUACAAAAAUGCUUAUGAAUACUGGAAUGAACAGAGGUCAAAUCUUAACAAGGAAGUACUUACAGCCACACAGCAGGUUUUUGAAAAAGUGCCUUUUGGACAACUGACAAGUCAGCUAAGCACUCCGCAUUUGGGCACACUAUUUUUGCAACUAACUGUUGAUGACAUGGGUAUUUGCCUGCCAUUAAAUCCAUUACCUUUGACUUCUUGGGGGAUGAACCGCACAUUGUAUGAUGGUGACUCAAGAGGAGCUGUAGUGGUGACUCUAGAAAGCACAAGCAUUUCAGCUUGUAGCUCUGGUUCACUUGUGAGCAAAGGGCGAUUUGUGGGCUUGUGUCUUCGCUUUGCAGAUGAUUUUGAAACAAGCCUUGAUGACUGGAAGCCUGAUAUGAGUGACAGCACUAUAAUGAAUCUGUGUGUGGUGUCUGAGGGAACCUAUGAAGUCUGCAGUCGCACAAUUGCACAGAAACAAGGCAGUGAGAAUGCAAAAUGGUUUUUAAAUGUGCAGUGGCAAAUGGAAGGUGUAGAUAUUCAUCUUGACGUUAAUGUUGGAAAACAGUUGUCAGCAUUGGGACAUACAUUAACAAUGCUCACAGGCUCACAAGAAGAAGAUGAAGCAAAUGCAACAAGCUAUGACAGUGAUGAAACUGAUCAGGUUGAUGGAAAUACAGCUUCACUUGAGAGCAUAACUCUCAAGCGAAGUCGGAAUUUAACUGACAGCUUGCCUGCAUUUGUGUUCGACCCAUCAAUUGAUGCUAAGAAAAGGUCGAAGUUAAUAGAAAAGGAGAUGAAUGAGCAGGCAAAAAUAAUAAAUGACUUAAGAUCACUGGGUGCUUCUCAUGGUACAAUUGAACAAGAAAUGAAAAGACUGCAAGAACUUGAAGCAAUGGUUUUCAAGGAUUUCAGAAGGGAUAUGAUACAGAAGUUAAGGAGGCAGAGUGUGAAAGCAUCAUCAAUUAAAGGCAAAUUUGGUCUUGGGUCAAAAGCAAGUACCUACCGCUCUCGAUCAUUCAUUGUUCCAUCUCCUACACCAGAGCACCAGGUGGAGACAGACAGCCCAGAUGAUGCAGCUGUUAUUUUGGUUGCUAAUGGGAGCUCUGCAAGCUUUGAAAGCUCACCACGCACAGGUCCCUCACGUUCAGCAUCACUAAGAGUGCGUGGUAUAACUGGACCAAGGGUGACUUUUAGUGACACACACAACAUCUGCAGGCAAUCUUCAUUACCAAGUGCCAGCUCAGACUUGAGUCUUCCGGAAGGAGAUUUUGAGUGGCCACGUCCAGAACACAUUGAAGUUGAUGGUGAAAUGGUGGAGCUUAGACCAAAAUCAUCUGUGUAUUCUGGAAGCUAUGAUCUCUCAGAAGGCAGCAUCCCUCUCCUUGAACCCAGCAGCAAGGAACCAGGUGGUAGCAGUCCAGCUUCAUUCAGCUCAACAUUCCAGAAGGCCCAAGAGCCAAAUAUUGACUUUGAACUUGACGUCAAGGUAUUCAUAAACAGUGGAAAGUGUGUGCUGCAUACCAAAGAUCCUGCUAAGGAAGAUGAACUAAAAGUAACUAGUCGGAUGAAGAAGGAGCGAAGCUGUUCUGGAGGAAUCUUUGAUUUUCCGCCAUCUAGCCCCAACACAAGCAGGCGUACUAAGGAAAGCAAGCAUGGUACUAGUUCUGCGUCACGACUUCGAUAUUUGCAUGGAAAUGUAGCUCAAUUGGUGGACCUAACAAUAUUCCAUAUUCCUGGUCUAGAUGUAAAGGUCCAUUACGAAUCAAAGACACUAACGGAGGAAAACUUGUCUCCAAAAAUUCAAAGUGACAUGACACCUCCACAGCAGCAGCAGCAGCGUAAAGGUGGCAUAAAAAAAGCAAGCUUGUUUGCAUGGAUGACUCUGCAAAGCAUACCAGAAGAAACUAUCAUCAGCCCUCACAUACUUGAAUUUCUAGAACAGACUCUGGAGCCAAUUCCUUCCAAUCUCCAGCAUGCAAAAACUUCAGGUGGAGCAGCAAAUACGAUGUUCACAAUGGAUCAAGAUUCCACUUGGGCAGCAGCUACUGCAACUGGAAAUUAUGUGUAUGCAUCAUUUCCUGUUGAUGUGAUUGUGUAUUUCCAUAUGCAGCCAUCGACAUUCCGAUUUUCUUGCUUACCUGUUUCACGAGUGGAAUGCAUGCUACAACUCCCAUCAUUGGACAUUGUCUUUUCCUCGAAACGUGCUGAAGAGGAACUGCAAAGCGAAUUUGGGGAAGCAAGGAUGUCAGGCAAAUCAUCUCUUUUUGACUCAUCUGCACCUUCUUCUGCUGUGGGAGGACUAAGUGUAACAGGAUGUUUAGCAGACUUUUCUGUGUAUAUAUUUCAUCCAUAUGGAGGUGGAAAAAAGUCAGGUUUGAAAGAGGCACAGUGGUCUCCUUUAGCUGACAGUGAACGCAAAGAUUCGCUGAGUGUGAAUGUAGAAUUUGUUAAGUUCCAUCUUUCACGCAGCCGAAAGCUCAACUUCCAGUUAGAGCAACAAAGCAAAUUCCCAAAGAGUUCAGAUCAAAGCCAAGCAGUUAUCAGAUUUUCAACAAUAAUAGAUAUUGGUUCUGCAUCAUUCAAAUACGAUAUGCGUCGCCUUACUGAGAUUCUUGCCUUCCCAAAGGCGUGGUACAGACGAAGUAUAGUUCGAAGACUUUUCCUUGGUGAUCUGAGCAUAAGUGCCACAUAUAGUGAGGGUGAAGAAUCUUCACCUUCCAGCCUUGAUGGUGACCCUCUAGCGACUCCUCAGCCUCAGGUGAAAAGUGCCAAUGUAUUUGACCCUAGUGGCAGGCACAAUGCUGAAGUACACGGACUUUCGAGAUCUGCCCCAACAAAUGAAAAAAGUCCAAUGCUGUCUACAAGAGAGAAGUUGCGUUUAAGUUUGGAGACUGAUAUAUCAAGACAGGCAAAGAGUAAAGAGGCAGGCAAUGUUCAUGCAAAAUCUGACUCUCCAAGUCCAUCUGACCAAAAACAAGGAGCUGCUUGGGAAACACUCGUAUUAUUUGCUGUGAACUUCACCAAACUUAAUGUCCAUAUGAACAUGGGGAAUGUAAUGGGCAAUGUAAUGUGGCUAACCAAAGAUUUUAAAUCAGAGGGACGUCUGUCAAUUGGAAGUAAUGGGCAUAAAAAUAUGUAUAUUGGGUUUGGACUUGGCGGUUCCAGUCUGGAUGCCAAAGGAGGAAUUGUAGGUGGUACAAUAGAGCUGAGUAAAAUUGAUACAUACAUACACAUAAGAGAAGAUCCAGGAACAGAACCAGACCACACAAUUGGCCUGAAGCUGUUUGCGCUGGAACUGCGUCUAGAUUAUAUGGGAACUGGUAUUCUCAUGUCGAGAGUGAGCUCUCUUACAGUAUCAUUGCGGGAUGAAUGGAAACUGAACCACAGCAGAAAAACAGAGGCAUUUAGUCCAACACGCAGACCUGCAAUGAUUUUCAUGCAUGGGGAUCUCGGUUGGGAUCAGCUGCAGCUCAUGAUUUCCAAAUCAACAACAGCAGACUUGCUCAAGAUGUUCUAUAAACUAGAAGAAUUCUUUUCACAACAGUUCAAGAGCAGUAAACGGGUGUUCUCAAGCUUGCAGCCUCGGAACACAAGGGCCAGCAGCUUUAAGCGAAAGCAGCAACAACCUCUUCAGCCGGCAAGUGCUAGCAAGAGGAGAGCCACAGCCAUACCUGAAGCAAGUGUCCCAUGGGAGGAUGCAAGGCACCACCGUCACUGGCAGCGAGUCCUUUCUCAGGUGGCAGGCCUGCACUUGUCAACACUGAGCUUCCCACUCCCAUCAUCAGGCACUGUGCUAGGUGGUACUAUGGAGCUACAUGGCAGCAACAUCUCACUCGCCUGCUUUCACGGGAUAAACUUCAAGUCAAAGUCAUGGGCACUGUUCUCCCUCAAAGAACCCUGCAUCUCUUUUGCCACUGAGGCUCAGGAAGUACCUUCAACAGAUGGUAGUGAACACCAACGUUUGGAUGUCCACGUUGUACAAACACUAACAUUCAGUUUAGGCAUGACAACGGAGCAACCUCACGCCCAACAUCUCAGCAUGGCAACAAUAUGCCGCGUCAGUCGAAAUGUACUGUUUCCUCCCCAGUUUCGAACACUUCAGGAAUGGUUUCAUUAUGCAUUUGCAUGCAGUGAAAUUGAUGCUGUGGAUCGAUUUCCAAGUUUGGAGCGUGAGAAAGAAGCAACUGAGCAGCAAAGAGCACGUAGUACCAGCAGCAGCAAACUACAGGAUCAUAAUCAUACGAGAGAGGUGAUUUUUGCUUUGCCAUCCAUGCAACUUCAUCUCAAGACUGAGCACCUCCAGUCAGCAAGGACACCAGAUCUUUCAGGACAAAAGCCAUUAGUCGAAUGCAGUUUCAUUACUGAGUUUGAAGAUCACAUUUUUGUUACUGUGGAUGCAGAUGCUUUCUUUUUUCUCCAUGAUCUCAUCACAUCAUACAUGAAAGAGAAGGAGAAAGUGAGUGGCCUUAGAGCACACAGUCCAGAGCAUGAGAGGCGAACAAACAGUUCUUUCAGUGAAGAAGAAAGAAAACGCAAAGCAUUUGAUCCAGCAGAGAUGUUUACAAAAGACUGGAGAAAUUACCACUGCAAGACAUGGCAUUUGGAACCCACUGUGAGGCUUCUCUCGUGGGCGGGUAAAAGCAUAGAACCAUAUGGAGUGGAUUACAUUCUGCAGAAACUGGGAUUCUCGCAUGCUCGUACUACAAUACCUAAAUGGGUGCAGCGUGGAUUUAUGGACCCUCUUGACAAAGUUCUGGCUGUCCUUAUGUUGCGGAUGGUGUCAGUUGUCCGAGGAGGUGAAUCUGGAGCGGGUGAUGAACAAUUACACAGAAGAUUAACUGAUAAAUAAACAUGUUAUGUAAAGCUACAUAAUAUUGUCAGAGUCUAACAUUGUUUGAUAAAUUUCAGUAUUCUUUAUAACACCUGACAUCACAUUUGAGCUGUUGUGUAUAGCAUUACUUUUAGCUGAGAUAUGUGUACUUUAUGUAUAUAAUUCCAUUGCCAUUUACUGUAUUUUCAUGACUGAGCCUUUUCAUAAAUAUAAAUUAGUUUAUUAGUAUGUUUUUAUUUCUCUGUUGUCAUAGUGACACUACACUAUUCUUUGGCCAUGAAAUCCUGAUAUCAGUAUUGAAAUCAAAACUUGUAUAUGGCACAAGUAUUUCAUGUAUAUCUUUGUGUGUAUGAGAAAGAGAGGGAGGAAGAGGGAAAAUGUGUUGUAAAUGUACUCUGUAAAGGAGAAUGUUCGCUGAAAAAUAUUGCUCUACUAUGUGGUGUAAUUACUCUACCUUUAAUUUUCAUAUCUUGUAUAUAAUUUUAUGAUAUUUAGAGAGAUGAAACAACCAGUAAACUUAAUAAUAACAAAAGUUUAUGUAAAUAUUGCCAUGUACAUUUUUUUAAUUUAAUGAUUUAUCUCAGACAUUUGCAGUCAGAUUUUUGUUACUGCCUAGUUCUACUUGUUAAAUCCCACUUUUAUUUGCUUAAAUGUAAGAAUAAUCUAGAGCACACCCUUCUUUCAGUUAGUUCCAAAUCUUUGACUAGCUUUUUCUCAUUUAUACUAGUAGUUAUAUAGAUGUAAGGUAAAUCAACAGUGAAACCCAUAGGUUCUGGUACACCUUUAUGUGAUAGCAAUAAGAAAUUUUUUAACACUGUUUUUCAAUAUUUUGUUCAUUGUGUUGAUGUGUUUUUUUAAUUAUUAGACUUAUCUAAUUUGUAUUGUUGAGUUUAAAUUGUAAGGAGAAAAAAAUAUAAAUUGUCACAAUUCAGUUUAUGUACAGUUGAAGGAUUUAUUUUACGUCUCACCAGAGAAACUUUAUAUUCAAUGCAUUUGUGAGUUUAAAUGUCCAAGAAUGGAUAGAGGUACGUGUUUUCUUUGGUUAAUAGCAAAUUGUUGUUGGGAGGGUUAUGAAAAUAUUUGUUUCUUACUGUUUACUGUUGGUGAAUGCUUAUGUGUUUAUACUCUGCAAGCAAAUUUGGGUUGUUCUGUGAAGAACCUUAUGUAAGAUCAGUUACGUAUCUUUCCAUUUUUGCAAAUAGUUGAUCAUUGGCUCAGCAAUUGUCUGUUUCCAUCUAACCUAUAAUGACCAAGAGUUUGAUUUUCUAUUUUCAGCUGAAGUAGCACUUUAGUAUUAAAGUAAAACAUUUGCCACAAACAAGUUGUCUUAAGAAGUAUAGUUACAUUGUUGACUUACAGUAUCACUGAACUAUGCAGCUUUUAAAACAAAAGAUGCAGCUGUUCAUCAAUGUUUAAUAUUUUAUCUAGUCAUUUAUUUAGGUAUUGUGUGAAUGUUGAUGUGUGUUUAUUUUAAAGAUCAAGAGUUUUAUUAAUUGUUAUAGGAUGUUAAUGUGAACUAAUAUCACAUGCAAUUACUGUGUUAAGCUUUGGAAUAUAAAAGAGUUUUGUUAAUGGUGUUGACAUUUUGUGUAAGGGUAUCUAAUUUCUUGGUCUUGUUUGAGAUCUAUACCAUUGUGACCUGUCUAUACCUUUGUGACCUGAUACGUAGAAAACACCACUUAAAUUUAUGAGUAUUCCACCUUUUUAAUGAACUGCAUCAGAAUAUGCUAAUAGGCUGGUAAUAAUAAACAUUCUAUAGUAUACAUUAUUGUAAUCAAAAUCAUAUCAGUGAUGAUAAUACUUUGUUACUACAUACUGCACUGCUAGGUCACAUACAUCCACCCCUUUAGAGUUACAGUAUUAAUAAAAUAUUAAGCAGUGGGUAUCAGCUAUAAUCUGAUUUCAAUACAAAGGCAUAAGUCGGUUUAAAUUUUUCUAUAAUGUCCAGUGGUCAUACAUAUCAAGCAAUGGAUUCAUAACAGAAUUCAAAAUAUAGUUUCAUCUCAUCCUCUUCUCAUACAUACUUGUUUUCAGCAGUUACUUAGUCACUUUUAAAUUCAUGUGAUUAUGGUUUCCAGUUUUUAUUCAAGAAAAUUUGGUGUACAUAAUAUUGUGCUCGUAUGUGUGGCAGAAGAGGUUGAGAGUAAUACCCAAAGUAUUUGAGUUCUGUAACGAAUGUUUUGGCUUUUAUUCAUUCCAGUCAUCAAAGCAUUCACAAAUUUCAGUUAUUAAGUAUUUACCUCUUCUAUUCAAAGACCCUAAGUAAUUCUUUUUGAAACUGCUGCAGUAGAACAUUCAAAGGACUGUUGUUUCAGCUUACUAAUAAAAUAAAUCUUGCUUCCAUGCGCCAUGUAACUGAUUUGUCAGAAAUGUGACCAUUCCAGAGAUAGAAUAAUCUCAGACCUGAAUGUGAAGCCUUAUAUUUCAUUAGAAACUAAUGUUGACCAUAAGAAUAAAUCCUGACCUUUUUCCUCAAUGAAUAUCAUGUCAGUAGCAACUAAGCAUGAUCUUUUUUUAUGAAAUUAAUAAAUAUAUGUGAUGUGAUAAUUCUAAGGAGCCUCUAGUUGAAGAGUUUUCAUGUGGUUUGGCAUAACUGCAACGUAUAUGUAAGAAAACUUCAUUACCAUGUUGUAUUGUAAAUAACUGGAUAUUCAUUCCAAAGGCCCCAUUUUCCAUCCUUCUCAGCAGUAGAAUGAUGGUGAAACUGCUACUCUAUUAACAAGCUACAUUCUUUGUGCAGUUUUUUUUUUUUAAAGAAAGUAUUGAUUUGUGUAUUUGUGCCUCCUGAGUAUUAAUAAGUGCCCUGUUGUUUUCAUAGUAUUGUUGCUUGUUAAGGGAGCCAUUUUUAUUUUUGAUUGUUAAGAAAAUACCAAUAAAGCAAAUGCUUAUUAUUUGUUAUUUAACAGAUUUAAUUAACUCUUUCAGUAGUUCCUUUUGUGCAGCUAUCCAGUUAUGUAUUGGUGUUUCCUCUCCUUUUCAUUAUACAGUAAUAGUUGCAAUAAAGUCAAUUGCACUUACUAAA